GAGGCUCUGCAUGCCCUUAACAUGGGGACUGUGAGGCCGGAAGACUGCCCCCAAACAGAAUCAACAAACAUGACUGUCAAACAAGUGGAGACUAUUGAACCAGUGCAUGAUGGGUUUAUCGUCAUAUUUCCACCUGUAGCUGUUGAUGUGGAGGUUGGAGACACGGCCACUUUUGCACUCUUGAUUAUCACUCUUCUGCAUCUCACAAUGGAGGAAAUCUAUGUCAGGCAUGUGGAGUUGCUGGGCUUUGAGAAACGCUUCUUCCCCAGCCAGCACUAUGUCUACAUGCUGAUGGUGAAAUGGAAUGACCUGUCUGAGAAGUUGAUCUAUAGAGGGUAUCCGGAGAUCUACACCUUUCACAAAUCCCUGAAGGAGAUGUUCCCCAUUGAGGCGGGUGACAUCAAUAAGAAAGACAGGAUCAUCCCUGUACUACCAGCGCCAAAGUGGUUGGACAACCAAAAGAGCACAGAGACCAGGCAGAGCACUCUGGCUGAAUAUUGCAGUUCUCUCAUCAACCUGCCCCCCAAGAUCUCCCGCAGCCAGCUGGUACGCAGCCUCUUCAAGGUCCGGCCGGAGGACGAGAACCCACCCGCUCAACACCCUUUAAAAAGAAAUGAGACCUUUGUGGUGUCCAAUGACAAGACGAGAGACAACACUUCUGAGAUCUCUGGCCCCAUCAUAUUGGAAAGCUACAGGGUGAUUGCUGACUACAGCCACACCUCCAAGUAUGAGAUCACCCUGCAUAUUGGAGACUUGGUGGAGAUUGUGGAGAAAAGCCCAAAUGGUUGGUGGUUCUGCCAGUGUGAUACCAAGCGGGGCUGGGUGCCCGCCUCUUACCUAGAGCCCCUGGAUGGACCAGAGGAGUCGGAAGAAGCCGAUCCCAACUACGCAGGAGAACUCUACAUAACCACCAAAGCCUACAAGGCAGCACAAGAUGAUGAGCUGACUCUUGAGACGGGGGAAACUAUUGAGGUCAUUCACAAGCUCCUGGAUGGAUGGUGGGUGGUCAGGAAAGGAGAGGAGACGGGACACUUCCCCUCAAUGUUUCUCUACAGAACUGGAGAGAAGAAGGAGAUGGUGUCGGAAGAGCUUGUGAUGAGAAGACAGACACCCCCACCCAGACGUUCAACAAUCCGCAAUGCACAAAGUAUUCACAGCAAAGGGCGCCAGCGCAUCAGCCAGGACACGUACCGCAGGAACAGUCGCCGCUUCCUGCAGCAGAAGGGUGGCCGGCCCAAUCAGCCCAGGAAGACGUCCAAGGCCUCCACACAGUCCCCGCUGCAGGACUGGAAUAACAGAGACAACAUGCCAAAGACAGCGGACUCUAGUCCAGGGGGUGAGCUGAAAGGGGCUCCCAUCAUCCCCCCUCGGCCCAGUCCUGAACUCAUCAUGGAGCGCUGUACAGAGAACACCCGCAAGAAAGUCAGUGUCCGCAAAUCGAGCUAAGCUUUAAACUGUGAGGAUCUGGACUCCUGUCAGCAAUGCAAUCAGAGAUGGGUUAAUCUGCGCAUUACAAGCUAAACAGUCGAUAAAGCCAACCAUGUGUGCCAUAGAGGGCAUUUUACAUUUUGUUCUAAAUGUUACCACUUAACUUUUUUCUUAUUGUUACUUUUACGUAUGCAAUGUUUUUUGAUAGUGUGUGGUUGUUAAAUGUGUUUGACGUAGUAUGCGGUUUUUGGAACAUAAGAUUAGUAAUUUAUUUGUUGAAUUUAGCCAUUUGUAACCUACAAAAUAAAUAAUAUAUUCAGAAAAUGUU